AUGACAUCAAUUAUAUUUGAAUAUUUCAAUUAUAAAAAAAUCGUCUGGAAUGGCUAUCUGUCAGACGUAAUUGUAAAAGAAGAGUUACUAGAUUUAGUUAAGUUGAAAGACACAACUCGUGGAGUUGAUAUCAAGGAAGCCCUUGACAAAGCUCUGCUUAAAGCUAAUGUACCUAUCAACAAGCUUGUUAGUGUUGCUACAGAUGGUCCAUCAGCAAUGGCUGGAAAACAUUUAGGACUUAUAGGCUUAUUAAAAAGUGACCCUAAGUAUCCAGAAUUUAUCCCACAGUUUAGAAACUUUAUAAAUGAAUUGGAUCUUGCUGAUGAGCCAAGUGACGUGUCAUUUUUCUGUUCUGUAAGAUGGCUUUCAAGUAGUGAUGUUGUUUAUAAAUUUGUAGAACUAUUAGAGCCAAUUAAAUGUUUUUUGAUUGAAAAAGAAAAGACAUUUGAAAUCCUAGACGAUAUAAAUUUUGUGCAAGAUCUUUUAUUUUUGACUGAUAUAAUGCAACAUUUAAAAAGUCUGAAUUUGUUUCUUCAGGGAAAAGAAAAAAAUAUAUCUGAUCUUGCGCAAACGAUAUUUAGUUUUCAAAAAAAAAUUAUUCUUUUUCAGAAAGAUCUUAGCUUGAAAAAAUUUAAUCAUUUUCCUCAAAUGAAGAAGAUGAUUACUUCUAAUCCUUCAAUUCAUAAUGGCUGUCCAAUUCCUGAAAAAAUGCUUGAAGAUAUAUCUCAAUUUGAAAUGGAACUACUAGAUCUCCAAGAAGAUCAAAAUCUACUUAUGCUGCAUAAAACAAUAACUUUUAUGGAAUUUUGGAAGAUAGUUCCCGAGGUUAAGUAUCCUCAACUUAAAAAGAUUGCCAUAAAAUUCAUUUCAAUUUUCGGUUCAACGUAUACAUGUGAAUCUUUAUUCUCUACUAUGAAAUUUGUCAAAUCAAAGUAUCGUGCAAAUCUAACCAUUGAGCAUUUGUCUGAGUUACUUAGAACAGCCACUACAAGUUUGAAACCAGAUUUUAAGAAACUUACCAGUAAAGUUAUGAGUAUUAGUUUGAUCAAAGUAAAAAAUUGA